AUGGAUACACAACCUUCCCUUCCUAUUCCGAUCUCGUAUAUCUCGGGUAGUUAUUAUCUAUUCUCAAUUGAUGCAGUCACGUAUUUGAGACGCGAACAUCAUAUCUGCGGUGUCCUGAUCGGAACCUUGCCGCAAAUCCCACAGCAAAAUGUCUUCCUGGGCCUGCCACUAGAGCUGAUGCCGGAAGAGGCACGGCUUCUGGUGGAGAAAGGUGUAGCUUGCAUUGUAGACGAGGUAAAACUACAGAAGGACGGAAUGAAGUCCGUCAUGGAGGCGGACCGUCACAGGUACCUGCAGGACUUAGAGAACCAGGGUCUCCAAGCUAUGCGGUUCCAAACCAGUCGGAAAGAACAGAGGAAGGAGGAGGCGCUAAAGAACCUAGAUGAGAAACGCGCAGCGAAGGCAAGGAAAUCCGCUCAGAAGCAGAACGGUGCGGAUGAGACGCCGGGCUCCGAGUUCUUCGUCGGCGAUGAGCAAGGCGCCGAUUCCAGCCAGACAUCACGGCGAGCCUCGAAUGUGACCCAGCUUCAGAACGCAAUGGGCGUCACUCCCGCAACUUCCCAGUCUCUUCUUCCUUCCGAACCGCCUGCGAACCAGCUGUUACCACUUCCCGAGGUGCCGUCCUCCUAUCCCUUAUUUGCCCACCUCCAUUCGGAGGGAUACUAUCUCUCGCCGGGUCUACGUUUCGGAUGCCAGUACCUAGCCUAUCCCGGUGAUCCUCUGCGCUUUCACUCCCACUUCUUGACCGUGUCCGCCGAUUGGGACGAGGAGAUUGACCUGAUGGACAUCAUUGUUGGAGGUCGACUGGGCACCGGUGUCAAGAAGGGCUUUCUCAUUGGAGGCGCUGAGAAUAAGGAUGAAGAGGCGGGAAAUGGAAGUGGCAGCAGUGUGAGAACUUUCAGCAUCGAAUGGGCAGGGAUGUGA